AAUCUCUUGCUUGUCUGCCUUUCCCCCUCCCCUCACCCCCUCUCCUCUCUCUCUCUCUCUCUCUCUCUCUCUCUGCUCAUAAUGAAGGAAAUUGUGGGAAACCCUCUUCAUCUAAAAUCUCUGAACCACAUCUCACUUAUCUGCAGAUCAGUUGAAGAAUCCAUUGAUUUUUACCAAAAUAUUCUUGGGUUUAUCCCAAUUAGAAGGCCUGGAUCAUUUGAUUUUGAUGGGGCAUGGUUAUUCGGGUAUGGAAUCGGAAUCCAUCUUUUGCAAUCUGAGGAGCCGGAAAAGAUGCCCAAGAAGACUGAGAUUAAUCCCAAAGAUAAUCACAUUUCUUUUCAGUGUGAGAGCAUGGGAGCAGUGGAGAAGAAGCUGAAGGAGAUGGAGCUGAACUAUAAACGGUCGAUGGUGGAGGAAGGCGGUAUCCACGUCGAUCAGUUGUUCUUCCAUGACCCGGACGGCUUCAUGAUCGAAAUAUGCGACUGUGACAACCUCCCGGUGAUUCCGAUAGCCGGCGAGGUGGCUCGGGCAUGUUCUCUUGUAAACCUGCCGAUGUUGCAGCAGCAACAGCAGAUACGAGUCACCCAACAGUAGUCGGAUUCUGAGUGCCGAUACAAGAGCAGUUGCUGCUAAUGCUACUCUCCGGCCAAGCUCCAAUUGUUUUGUGUGACAUAUAUAAUUACGUAUUUAUGAGGUUUUCAUAAUAAGAUUUAGAAUCAUUCGAGCGCACAAUCCUUUAGAGGGAUCACUUUUCCAUCGUUAAUUACUCACAUGAUAUGGCAAAUCGUCGCCAAUUGAUGUUUAAUUAACAGAAAGCGAAAUGUGUUUUCUUUUAGUAUUUAUUUUGUGGCUUUCAAGUAGUGUGUGAAAUCUUUUGAGCUGGCUUGCAUCUUGGGAUCGGAAUCAUUGUUUAUUUGUUUCCUAUAUAUCUAGUUUGUUUUGCUCUUUUA